AUGAGCUAUUUCCAAGCUACAACAUGCAAGCCUCAUACUGGGCUCAUUGCGGACAGACCCAUAAUGGGUCUUGGGAAGACCUGCAGAUUACUACCUGUCCCCCAGUAUUCCCUACGGCCACGUCCUCUCGGAUUUCGCAAGCUUGAUAAGCAUAUCUACCCACGUCUUGUUCUUGUUGCUGCUAGCCACCCAAGGCUUACUCCUGUAUGCGCCUCAAGUGGAAAAGGGAACCCCGAGAUUGACAAUGAUCCCUUUAUGGAUCAUUUGAAGAAGGCCAUGGCUGAUGCAAAAAAGCCACGACCCUUACAAGAUGUGCUGAAAGAGAAAUUCGCCAAGCUGAGAGAACAAGCAUCUGGUGGAGGUGGAGGGAAUGGAAACAGGCGUGGAGGUAAUGGUGGUUCCGGUGGCCCAGAAGAUGAAUCAUUCAAGGAAUCAUUGGAUGAAGUAGUCCAAGUUAUCUUAGCAACUGUUGCUUUUAUACUUGUGUACAUCCAUAUUAUUAGAGGGGAGGAGCUGUACCGUCUUGCGAGGGACUACACUAGAUAUCUGGUUACUGGCAAGCGAACUGCCCGGCUGAAGCGCUCCAUGCAACAAUGGCGCAGUUUCUCGGAGAAAUUCAUGCAAAACGAGGGCUCUCAAGAGCGGUACGAAAGGCCAGCUGCUACGGAACCCAUGUGGUGGCAGCAGCCUCAAAAGUUUGUUCAUCUUAUGGAGGAGCUUUGCAGAGGGAACUGGCGUCCACAUGCCCAGAAGUCUUAG